AUGCAGAGCCUGAGAGAGGAGUUAGGGAGUAGGGCCGGAGUUGCUGCAGAAGGAGGGGAGGAUUGGGGGAUUAGGAAUGAAAUUAGGGGGGUGAGGGUAGAGGUAAGGAGUGCCGGAGAAGAGGUGAGAGGUGUGCGAGAAGAGUUGAGGGGGAGUAGGGGAGAGAUUUUGUGGUUGAGAAAUGAGGGAACGCAGAAUAGAGAGGAUGUUAGAGGCUUGAGGCAGGAAAUUAUAGAGUUGAGAAGAGAGGUUUUAACGUUGAGUGGCGAAGUAGGGGAGGAUAUGAGGGGAAUGAGAGGAGAGAUUGAGGGGCUAAGGGGUGAAGUAGGGGAGGAGGUAAGGGGUAUGAGAGGAGAGAUCUUGGGUCUCAGGGGUGAAUUGGGGGAGGAGGUGAGGGCAAUGAGAGGAGAGAUUCUAGGGUUAAGGGCUGAAAUAGGAGAGGAGGUCAGGGGAAUGAGGAGAAGAGCUACAAGGCUAAGGACUGAAGUUUUGAGAGGACACGUAGAGAGGCAGAGAGAUGCAGCUGCUAUUGAAGCAUUGAGAAGAGAAGUUGUGGAAGGAUUUGCGAGGAAGGAUGCGGAAAACGUCCAGCUAGAAGAAAGAUUAAUGGGCGAAGUCCAAGCUCUUAGAACGAGAUAUGUGGAGAGAGAACAAAGGAUAGCCGGACUCCUAAACGAUAUUGAUGAUCUAGGGAGGAGACAUACGGAAAACGAGACAUUGGUAAAUACCAUGAGGAAUGAUAUAAACAAUUUGGGACAUACAGCUGAGGGAUUAUCAGAAGAAAAUAGGGGAUUAACAGAGGAAGUUACAUGGUUGGAGAUGCAGAGGCCGGUAAUCGAGGAGCAGGCCGAGCCAGAAAAUGAUAUAGUUGUUAAUGAGAAGGAAAGAGUGAAAAGCGGGAAAGGAAGAUGCAAGUGGUCGAAAUUCUAUACUAGGAGGAAGAGACAUCGUAUGGGAAAGGGGCUGGCUUUGAGAUUUAUGGAGUGUACAAUAACUUGA